CUGGAGAAUUGCUUCGAUUUGUGGCGUCACAUGUUGUGUCCCAUACGCCGCCCUUGCGUCGCCCGCCCUAUAUGCUGGCGCGUUGCACCCCUGGCCUUGAUACGCGCUAUAAAGACUUGUAUCAACACCCGUGGGAUGCUCGUCGUCCGGCUCUACCACGGUCGCAGCGCCCUCGUCUUCCUUGACUUCGCUCACACGUUUAUUCCUGCAACGUCCUCACGAUGGGUGUCGGUGCUGCGGUAGCUGAGGGCGGAAGAACUUCCAACUUCGCACACUUGUUGAACCCAAACCGGAAGUGGUACAACAACAGGCGGCUGAUCACCCUCCAUGCCUGGCUGGUUCUCCUGCUCAUUACGUCGUCCGGAAAUGGAUUCGACGGCAGUUUGAUGAACAGCUUCCAGUCUCUGGACCAGUGGAAGGAUUAUUUCAACAACCCGCAAGGCAGCAAGCUUGGUCUGCUCAACGCCAUUCAGAACAUCGGCGCGCUCGCGGCAUAUCCUUUUGCGCCCUACCUCUCCGAUGGACUUGGGCGACGGCGCACCGUCUGGAUUGGUUCUGCUAUCAUGUUAUUGGGUGUCGCCCUGCAGACAGCCGCUCAGAAUCUGGGCUUCUUUAUUGGAGCUCGUUUCCUCAUCGGUUUCGGUCUUACGUUUGCCACCAACUCCGCACCCAUGUUGGUCACGGAGCUCUCGUAUCCGCAAUAUCGGCCGCAGCUUACCUCCCUGUACAACUCACUGUGGUACUCCGGUAACAUCGUCGCUUCCUGGACAACCUUCGGCACGGAAUAUAUCGGCAGCACCUGGUCAUGGCGUCUCCCGUCUAUGAUGCAGGGUGUCCCCGCGUUGUUCCAGUUCUUCCUCAUCCUUCUCGCGCCUGAGAGCCCGCGUUGGCUGAUCUCCAAGGGCCGUGAUGCGGAGGGGCUGCGCACUCUUGCGUACUACCACGCGGAUGGCGACGAGAACGAUGCCUUGGUGCAGUACGAGUACGACGAGAUCAAGACCUCCCUGGAGCUCGAGCGCACGACUUCUGUUGGCUGGAAGUCGCUCGUGGCGACCUCUGGCAACAGGCGACGUAUGCUCAUCAUCGUCGCCAUCGCCUGGUUCUCGCAAUGGUCUGGCAACGGUUUAGUCUCUUACUACCUCACCAAGGUCAUGAACUCCAUCGGUAUCACCAACACGACCAUCCAGUUGCUUAUCACAGGUAUCCUCGCCAUCUGGAACUUGGUCUGGGCCGUCUUCGCGUCGUUCAUGGUCGAGCGCGUCGGUCGCCGGAGAUUAUUCCUGACGUCUGCUGUGGGCAUGCUCCUCUUCUUCAUGCUCCAGACCGUCUGCACUGCCCGCUACCUCAUCGCUGGUAACGCUGCAGCCGCGCACGCCGUCAUCGCAUUCAUCUUCCUCUUCUACGGGUUCUACGACCUCGCGUUCACUCCCCUCAUCGUGUCGUACACCGUGGAGAUCUUGCCGUUCUCCGUCCGUGCGAAGGGCUUCAACAUCUUCAACUUCACCAUCUCCGUUGCGCUUAUCUUCAAUCAGUAUGUCAACCCGAUCGCCCUCGACGCCAUCAGCUGGAAGUACUACAUCGUGUACAUUUGUUGGCUGGCAUUCGAGCUCGUGUUCCUGUGGUUCUUCAUCGUCGAGACGAAGGGCCUGUCUCUCGAGGAGACCGCCGCGCUCUUCGACGGCAAGGAGGCCACGGAGCAGAUCCACGCCGCGGGUGUGGCGGAGGUGCACACGGACGACGUGCUCGACGAGAAGAUGGGCGCAUGAUUGAGCGGCCCGUAGCUUUCUCGUUUCAUUUUCAACUGGGAUUGUGUAGGUUUGCAGCUACCGCGCGUACUCUGGAUGGGUUUCGGAGGCAGUUUCCGACGCCUUUGCUGGGAUUGUACGAACAUCACGAUCAUAACAUACUUCACGAUUUACUGUAUACUUACGGGAACAUUAUACAUACGACUCACAUGCUUUUCGCUGGGCUGGUUCGCAUGCGAGUUCGAUCGCAUUCAAAUGGUUCUCUCGGCUGCACGUCGGUGAC